CGGGCGAAGGCGCUGCGACUCGCGCAGCUACCCGGGGACGCUCACCCCUGGCCUGAGUCCCGACUGACUUCCUCGAUCCAGAUCUCGCGGCUAUCCCGGGGACGUCAGCGGAUCUUCUCCCGGAUCCUUUUUCCUCCAUAACCUGCUGGGGUUAUUUUUCUUGCUCCCCGGCUUCCAGUUCCCAGCCCCGCGUUUUUCCCUUCCCCUAUUUCCCGGGCCCCCAGCAGCCUGCCAUUCUCAGCAUCCCACCUGCCAUCCUCCUGCUGGCUUCUGCCAAUCUCAGCUCCUUUGGCCGACAGACCCCUAUCAUUACCUUCUCGCCAAACUCUCCUAAACUCCUCUUUCUUCUCUCUUUGCCAGCUCCUGACUUCCAAAUGCCAGCUAACUUUUGACCUGACAUUUGACCCUGACACUUACUUGACUCCAGAACGCUACAUUCCUACCUCCUGCAGCCUGUUGAAACAGGUCUUUCCUGAUUUCUUCUGACCGCGUUCCUGAAGCUCCUUUCGACUUUCUUACUCCUGGGCCAGUCCUUGCUACCACUACCCCACCAUGGACUUCUUGAUGAGUGGCCUGGCAGCCUGUGGGGCCUGUGUGUUCACCAACCCCCUAGAGGUGGUGAAGACCAGGAUGCAGUUACAGGGAGAACUGCAGGCCCCCGGCACCUACCAGCGGCACUACCGAAACGUCUUCCAUGCCUUCUUCACCAUCGGCAAGGUGGACGGCCUGGCUGCCCUGCAGAAGGGCCUGGCCCCUGCCCUCCUAUACCAGUUCCUGAUGAAUGGCAUCCGGCUGGGCACCUAUGGGCUGGCUGAGGCUAAGGGCUACCUGCACACAGCUGAAGGCGCCCACAGUCCUAUCCGAAGCGCAGCAGCUGGGGCGUUGGCUGGGGUCCUGGGAGCCUACUUGGGGAGCCCCAUCUACAUGGUGAAGACACACCUCCAAGCACAGGCAGCCUCAGAAAUUGCUGUAGGGCACCAGUAUAAGCAUCAGCUAUUUCCUCCCCAGAGCUGGAAGGUGGCUCUGGCAGCUGCCAUGGUGAGUGGCGUGGUGGUGGUCCUGGCCAUGACACCCUUCGAUGUGGUUAGCACAAGGCUCUACAACCAGCCCACAGACACUCAGGGCAAGGGCCUCAUGUACCGAGGGGUGCUGGACGCUCUGCUGCAGACGGCUCGGACGGAGGGCGUUUUCGGCAUGUACAAGGGCAUCGGAGCCUCCUACUUCCGCCUCGGCCCGCACACCAUCCUCUCGCUCUUCUUCUGGGACCAACUUCGCUCCCUCUACUACGCGUACGCCAAAUAGCGGCCACUCUCCACACGCCACCGCGCUGGCACUCCUUGGACACUCCUGCCUCCAUUACUAUGUCCUGGUGACGUCUUAGCAGGCGACCUCUUACCCAUCAGAGGGGGACAGCCAAUCCCAUUCCCUAUCUGUUUUCUCAGGGUUGAAUCACUCCAAGAGGUAGUUUCCCUCCCCUCCUCGGGUGUCACUUUAAACUCUCUCUACCUGUCCCCCAGUACAUUUCACUCCGAAGUAUACUACCCCCCCCCCCCCUGCUUCUUCACUGCCAGCCUUGGGUCCCUUCUGAUGACAUGUACAACUUUAAAAUCCCCCUCAAAGACCAAAGGGAAUUGGGGGGGACCCAGGUGUCCUGUUAGAUUCAAAGGCACAGAGAUUAUAUUGGUUAUAAAGCAAGUUUAUUUCUGCA